AUGGAUGAUAUUAAAAAGUAUGGUAUUAUACAAGUAUUUUUAUUAAUUAUUUUAUUAAAUAUAUUUGCUCAUGUAUAUUGGCCAAUGUCAUAUGGAAGAAAUGUUAAAAUAAAUGGUUAUAUUGAUAAUAAAUUUGAUUACGUUAAAAAAGCUUUUGAAAAUAAUUUUUUAAAAGGAAUGGAAAGAGAGGGUGCUAAUGUAGCUGUUUUUUAUAAGGGAAUAAAUGUCGUUAAUUUAUAUGGUGGAAUUAAAAAUAAUUCUAAUAAUGAAGAAUGGGAUCAUAAAACUAAAACUGUUAUAUUUUCAACAACUAAAGCAAUAUCAUCUGUUUGUAUAGCGUUACUUGUUGAUAGAAAUUAUAUAAAAUAUGAAGAUAAAGUAACUAAAGUUUGGCCGGAAUAUGGACAAUAUGGUAAAGAAAAUACAACUAUUGAACAUGUUUUAACACAUAUGGCUGGUAUACCUUAUUUAGAAAAAGAAAUAUCAUUAGAAAUAGGAUCAAAUGAAGAAGAAAUAGCAAGGAUUAUUGAAAAUAGUACACCUAUAUGGCCACCAGGUUAUACAUCUGGAUAUCAUGGUUUAACAUUUGGUUGGAUUAUUAAUGAAAUUGUCAAAAGAACUGAUCCAAAAAAAAGAUCAUUACAUACAUUUUUUAAGGAUGAAAUUGCAAUACCAUAUAAUCUUGAUAUUGAUAUUGGAUGUAAAAAAGAAAAUUAUCAUCAAGUAGCAAAAAUAUCACAACCAUCAAUAAUUGAAAUUAUUAAAGAUACAUUAAUUCAACCAUUAAUGAUACCAAUGUUUGGUAUUGUAUUUUUACAACCAAAUGGUUCACCAAUUGUUAAGAUGCAAGAAAAUCCAUCAUGGAUGAAGAUGACUUUAAAUGAUAUUCCUUUUAAUGAUCCAAAAAUUUUAUCAAUACCAAAUGGUGCUAUAACAGGAAUAACAAAUAGUUAUAAUUUAGGAAAAUUAUUUAAUUUAUUUAUUAAUGGUAAAAUUGUUAGUAAUAGAACAUUAAGUCAAAUAACAGAACCAACAUUAACAAAUUGGCAUUUAGAAAGGACAACAUUAUGGCCAGUUUAUAAAGGAAGAGGAUUUUUUUGGGAUAUUAGUUUAGUUGAUUCAUCUAAAUAUAUUUUUGGUCAUCCAGGAUAUGGAUGUCAAGGUUUACAUAUUGAUUUAGAUAAUGAAUUAGUCAUAGUAUAUCUAUCAAACGGUUUAAAAAGUUCUACAAGUAUUUUAUGUGUCCCAUAUCAAAACAUUUUAAAAGCAACAUAUAAAUCUAUAGAUUUAUAA